AUGGAAACAAAAGAUUCUACAUCAAAGAAUCCUUCUGAAAACCCGAGUGAACCAGAAGCGGAAAAAUCACAUUCUUGGGUUGAAUGGAGAGAGACCUCCGAGUCUACUGCGCCUUCUUCAGUCCCAGAUGAAGCUACCAUAUUUCCCAAUGGAGAGGUUCAAAUCGAGAAAGAGGAUACUGGUGAUGAUACGGAGAAAAAAGAUGCAAAGAGUCCACCAUUAGGUGCAUGUAGCGAUGAAACCACAGAGAAGUCACCAGAUGCAAGUGGCGUCGCAACCACUGAGAGCUCGCCAGAUGUAAGUGGGGAUGAAGGUUCCAGCUCUGAUGCAUCAGAACUAGCUGCUGAAUCGUAUGAGAAGAAUGCUCAAAGCUCUGAAACUGCUAUCCAGCAAGAGGCAGAGAAGAGCCAGGAAACAGAAACAGAUGCCAAAGAAACCCAAGAAAGUGUGAAGGAACCAGAGAAGGUAGCGUGA